UGCGUGCACACGACGUGCACACGCAAAGCCGGUUAUCGACAUAACUGCGUUGUCAGCCACCGAGCCUUUCAAAUCUAUACGAUUCCUACGUUCUGAACGCUUCUACAGCCGGUCCAAAGUGCCAGGCUCGACAUUCACAAUUAACUUUCGGGCCAAAUGGCGAACAACUCGAUUCCAAGCGACACUCUCGCCACUUCCGACGGUUUCCAGUACACUUCUCUGCCUUCUCGGUUGUCCAGCAGUGUGCCCAGCAUUAGUGCGGACGAGGAAUUCACCCCAGAGACCGCACCACUCAUCGCUUCCAUUCAGUCAUUGGAUUUGGCGACGGAUUUUGAGGGGAGAAAACAGAGAGUAGAAACCGGGGUUCGUGGUGUGCGUUGUGGGGGAGAAGGCUGUGAGAAGACGUGCUGUCGACGACUGAGGAGGAUGAAGAGAGCGGUCGCGGAAGGCAGUGAUUGUAUUGAGAUGCAUGAUGUCAUUGGUGAACGUGAAGCUGCGACUAUUACCUGUUUGUGUAUCAACAAGGCGUGUAACACGGAUCAGACGCAUUGUCACGGGCGCGAGGUGAAGGGAAAUGUUGAUAGGAAGGCGAAACGAAAGCUGAGGAUUGCUAUAGGGCUUGUGGUUGUGUUCAUGACGGCUGAAGCAUUGGGAGGAUACUUUGCGCACAGUUUGGCGAUAAUGACCGACGCAGCUCACAUGUUGUCAGACUUUGCAAGCUUUGUCAUUAGCCUUAGUUCCAUGUGGCUGGCGGGAAGAAAACCAACAAAAAAGAUGUCGUUUGGAUUUCACCGAGCAGAGAUCGUUGGUGCGCUCGGAUCUGUUCUCAUCAUCUGGAUUCUGGCAGGAGUUUUGAUGUACGAGGCAAUUGUGCGAAUACUCCAGAACGAGUUCGACAUCAACGCUAAUGUGAUGCUUGUCAUUGCCGGACUAGGAGUCAUGGUCAAUGUCAUAAUUGGGUUUGUGUUGAAGCCCCCACAUGGUCACGGUCAUGGUCACAGUCAUGGUCACAGUCAUGAUCACAAUGGCCAUCAUGCGGCAGAGAGCCUAAACGUACGAGCUGCAUUUGUCCACGUAGUCGGCGAUCUGAUUUUCAGUUUAGGACUUGUCAUAGCUGCGUUCAUCAUAAAAUUCAAGCCUGAAUGGUCCAUAGUGGAUCCCAUUUGCACGUUUAUAUUUUCGGUUUUGGUUCUCGGUACGACAUACACUGUCGUUCGUGAUGGUCUUCACAUUCUUAUGGAAGGGACACCAAAAGAGCUGAGCUUUGAUGCUAUUAGAAACGAUCUACUUGGUAUCUACGGCGUCAUGAAAGUCCACAAUAUGCACAUUUGGUCAUUGACAACAGACAAAACGGCACUCGAUGUGCACUUAGCAAUAGAGCCGAAGUUUCACAGUCAAGAUGUACUCGACGCUGCCACUGAACUUCUAGUUCAGAAAUAUCGAUUCUACAAGACAACUAUACAGGUUGAAACGUAUCGUGAUACAAUGGAAACGUGUGUUCGUUGCGAGGAUUUGACAUAGAAGUAUCACAGAUAGAUACUCUAGUAGUGAUAAUCCAAAUAUCGAAAUUCGUAUUCUGCCAGACUUAAUGAUUUUUCAUUUGACAAACUUGCUUUGAUAUAGGCCUGUUGCUAUAGAUAAGCAAUUGAUAUUCUAUUGUGAUGUAGAGUCCUGCAGUAGAGAGUAUUGGAAUUAAUGUCGAGGAUUG